GGGAACGAGCACUGGGGACUUGUGCACCCACAAAGCCAGAGUCGUGAAGAUUACUCCGGGGGGAAAGGAAGAAUGCCUCUCUUCUUCCGGAAGCGGAAACCCAGCGAAGAGGCUCGGAAACGCCUGGAGUAUCAGAUGUGCCUGGCAAAAGAAGCUGGGGCAGAUGACAUUCUUGACAUCUCUAAAUGUGAGCUCUCAGAGAUUCCAUUUGGGGCUUUUGCAACAUGCAAAGUUCUACAGAAAAAGGUGUUGAUUGUCCACACGAAUCACCUCACUUACCUGCUCCCUAAAUCUUGCAGCCUCCUGAGUCUCACAACCAUCAAGGUUCUGGAUCUUCAUGAUAAUCAGCUGUCCGCUCUUCCCGACGAUAUAGGGCAGCUGACCGCCCUCCAGGUAUUGAACGUGGAAAGGAAUCAACUGACAUAUCUGCCACGUUCCAUUGGGAACCUGAUCCAGCUCCAGACCCUCAACGUGAAAGAUAACAAGCUGAGGGAGCUUCCCGACACCGUGGGGGAACUUCGAAGCCUACGUACCCUUGACAUCAGUGAGAACGAGAUUCAGAGGCUGCCACAGCUGCUGGCGCACGUUCGAACCCUGGAAACUCUGAGCCUCGACGCCUCGUCCAUGGUUUACCCCCCACAGGAGGUGUGCAGUGCUGGGACCCAGGCCAUUCAGCAGUUCCUCUGCAAAGAGUCAGGGCUGGAAUACUACCCUCCUUCUCAGUACUUGCUGCCAGUCCUGGAGCAAGAUGGGGCCGACGCUUCCUGGGACAGCCCCGACGGCCCCACAGACAGAUUCUCCAGGGAGGAGGCAGAAUGGCAGAAUAGGUUCUCAGACUAUGAGAAGAGGAAGGAACAGAAGAUGCUGGAGAAACUCGAGUUUGAACGGCGCCUGGAACUCGGGCAGCGAGAACAUGCCCAGCUCCUUCAGCAGAGCAGCAAUCAGAAGGACGAGAUCCUUCAGACGGUCAAGGAGGAGCAGUCCCGGCUGGAGCAGGGCCUAAGUGAGCAUCAGCGCUACCUGGAUGCAGAGCGUCAGCGGCUGCAGGAGCAGCUGAAGCAAACGGAGCAGAACAUCGCCAACCGGAUCCAGAAACUCCUGCAGGACAAUCAGAGGCAGAAGAAAAGUUCUGAGAUCUUGAAGUCGCUGGAAAAUGAAAGGAUAAGGAUGGAACAGUUGAUGUCCAUCACUCAGGAGGAGACCGAGAACCUGCGGAGGCGUGAGAUUGCCUCCGCCAUGCAGCAGAUGCUGACUGAGAGCUGUACAAACCGGCUCAUCCAGGUGGCCUACGAGUCCCAGAGGCAGAAUUUGGUCCAGCAGGCCUGUUCCAGCAUGGCCGAAAUGGAUGAGCGAUUCCAGCAGAUACUGUCAUGGCAGCAGAUGGAUCAGAACAAAGCCAUCAGCCAGAUCCUGCAGGAGAGUGCCAUGCAGAAGGCUGCGUUUGAGGCUCUGCAGGUGAAGAAGGACCUCAUGCACCGGCAGAUCAGGAAGCAGAUUAAGUUAAUAGAAACUGAGUUAUUGCAGCUGACACAGCUGGAGGUAAAGAGGAAGUCCCUGGACACAGAGGCAUUGCAGGAGAUGAUCUCAGAGCAGCGCUGGGCCCUGAGCUCCCUGCUCCAGCAGCUGCUCAAGGAGAAGACGCAGCGGGAGGAAGAGCUCCGGGAAAUCCUGACAGAGUUAGAAGCCAAAAGUGAAACCAGGCAGGAAAAUUACUGGCUGAUUCAGUAUCAACGGCUUUUGAACCAGAAACCCUUGUCCUUGAAGCUGCAGGAAGAAGGCAUGGAACGCCAGCUGGCGGCCCUCCUGGUGGAUCUGUCGGCUGAACACUACCUGCCCAUCUUUGCCCACCACCGCAUCUCCCUGGACACGCUGAGCCGGAUGAGCCCUGGGGACCUGGCCAAGGUGGGCGUCUCGGAAGCCGGCCUGCAGCACGAGAUCCUGCGGAGAGUCCGGGAGCUGUUGGGUGCGGCCAGGAUCCAGCCAGAGCCACUGAACCCACCCAAGGGUGAGGUCCCUGGGGCCAUGGAGGUGCCCACCGCCCCCGAGGAGCUGCCUGAGUCCGUGAGCCCGUCCGCUCCCCCAGCAGAGCUGGAGGUGCAGACUUCAGAGUGCGUCGUGUGCCUGGAACAGGAGGCCCAGAUGAUCUUCCUCAAUUGCGGCCACGUCUGCUGCUGCCAGCAGUGCUGCCAGCCGCUGCGCACCUGCCCGCUGUGCCGCCGGGAGAUCGUGCAGCGCCUCCGCAUCUACCACAGCGGCUGA